AUGCCCGUGGUCGCCCUGCGAGAUUCAGAGGAGAUCGAAGACUGGAGGGUGCGGCAGAUGGUGGACGUCUGCGGGCUGUACUUCGGGGAGCUGUGGUCCAGGGGCAACCUGGCCGUGGCGGACGACAUCUGCGACGCGGCCUUCGUGCACACUGACAGCAUAUGGAACCCCUCGCGGCUGGUGGCGGGCCCGUCGGCGAUGAAGGCCUUCGUGCGGGACACGCGCGCCGCGUACCCCGACUUGGUCGUGCGGGCCGUCGAGUACGGCACGAGCGACGCGGACAGGCUGUUUGUGCACUGGACGGGUUCCAUGACAAACUUGGGGAGGUUUCACGGCCACAGCGCAACCCGUCAGAACACCAAGGUGACCGGUGUGUCGAUGAUGUCCUUCACCAAAGACCGGUCAAAACUGGUGGAGGUCAACGUGUUCAGGCAGCCGACGAGGGAGGAAAAGACGGAGUUCGCAGACAGGGAGGGUGGUUUCGAGUUGCAUUUAGCGCGGCUACACUUUGGUUGA